AUGGCGGCGGCGCAGGAGGCUGAUGGCGGCGGCGCAGGAGGCUCAUGGCGGCGGCGCAGGAGGCUCAUGGCAGCGGCGCAGGAGGCUGAUGGCGGCGGCGCAGGAGGCUCAUGGCGGCGGCGCAGGAGGCUGAUGGCGGCGGCGCAGGAGGCUCAUGGCGGCGGCGCAGGAGGCUCAUGGCGGCGGCGCAGGAGGCUGAUGGCGGCGGCGCAGGAGGCUCAUGGCGGCAGCGCAGGAGGCUGA